AUGGCCAAUGAGCAAAAAUUAAGUUCAAGUCUCAGAAAGUCCAUAGCACAAAAUAAUAAUUCUCUCGAUGAUGAUAAACCUCGUAUCUUGCUCAUGGGUUUAAGAAGAAGUGGUAAAUCAAGUAUUCAAAAAGUUGUCUUCCAGAAAAUGUCGCCACACGAAACUUUAUUCUUGGAAUCAACUAACAAAAUUGUAAAGAAUGAUAUUUCGAAUAAUACCUUUGUACAAUUUCAAAUUUGGGACUUCCCUGGACAAAUUGAUUUAUUUGGAGAUACACAAAAUUUUGAAUGUGAAUUAAUUUUCAGUGGUUGUGGAGCCAUAGUAUAUGUUGUUGAUGCUCAAGACAAUUACUUGGACAGUAUUAGCAAAUUGGCUGAAACCAUUCAAGAGGCAAGCAAAGUCAAUGAUCAAAUUGCUUUUGAGAUUUUUAUUCACAAAAUGGACGGUAUUAGUGAUGAUCACAAAAUUCAAAUCCAACAAGAUAUUCAACAAAGACUUAAUGAUGAAUUGAAUGAUUCCGAAGUUAAAGUACCACCAAAUGUCAAGAUUAGAUUCCACAUGACAAGUAUUUAUGAUCACUCUAUUUUUGAAGCUUUCAGUAAGGUUAUUCAAAAAUUAAUUCCACAAUUACCAACAUUGGAAAACUUGUUGGAUAUGCUCGUUACAAAUUCCAGAUUAGAAAAGGCCUUCCUUUUCGAUGUUGUUUCUAAAAUUUAUAUUGCCACAGAUGCAACACCUGUUGAUAAUACUACCUAUGAGUUGUGUAGUGAUAUGAUUGAUGUUGUCAUUGAUAUAAGUUGUAUUUAUGGAAAUAGAAUUAAUGGAAAUGAGGGAUCAAGCAGUGCCUAUGAUGAAGAAACAGGAGCUGUCAUUAAACUCAAUAAUGGAACAGUAUUAUAUUUACGAGAGGUCAAUAAGUAUUUGGCUUUGGUUUGCCUAUUAACAAAGGACAGUUAUGAAAAGGUUGGACUCAUUAAUUAUAACUUUGAUAUUUUCAAGCAAGCUAUUGAGAAUGUAUUCCAGGUUCGUUCCACACUUCAAAAGAAGAAACGAGAUAUUAAAAAGAAGAAGGAACAAGCAAAUAAUAAACAAUAA